CACACAGUCACUAGCGAAGCGAGGGAAAACACAAUAUUCCGCCAAAACCAUUGUGUUUGUAGUACACGGGACGACGAAGGAAGGGUAUAUAUCUGUUGGCAGCUUUGAAGUUGUGUGACCUUGUCUGACCCACGACUACUGAACACCGUCUUCUAAUCGCCACAUACUGCCACUAAUUAUACACAAUGACGAGAGAUAGCUAUGAUGUGUCUGAUGCCAAACGUACCAACGGCACCACUGUCAUGAACGGACAAUAUGAGGAGAAAGAAAAGUUUCUGCCACCAGUAACGGUUGAGCCUGGGCUGGACAGUAUUAACAAGAAUCCAGAUGACUUUGAACUUAGUAAGGAAGACAUCGAACCUAAAGACAGAUAUCGUAUUGUCUUCUUCAUAAUGAUGAUUCAUGGAAUUGGUAUCCUUAUGCCGUGGAACAUGUUAAUUAAUGCUAAGUCGUAUUUUGAAGACUACAAGCUGUCCCAAAAUACGACUGAAAUCACUGAGCUUAGAAGCAAUUUUAUGUUUUACCUUGGAAUUGCAUCACAAGUUCCCAACUUUAUCAUGAGCGGUAUCAACACAUUCUGUCAGUGUGGAGGCAUGCCAUCGUCACGGAGGAUUGUGAUUGCUAUAGCUGUGGAGGUUGGCCUAUUUAUAGCUACCGUGAUCCUAGCAAUGGUGGACAGCACAGACUGGGCCAGGGAGUUUUUCUACAUCACAAUGCUGACAGCUGUCUUCCUCAACAUGGCUACAGGAGUCUAUCAGAACAGUGCAUUUGGUUUGGCAGCCAUUCUACCCAUGAAGUACACAAAUGCCAUUGUACUUGGAAAUAAUUUGUCAGGAGUGUUUAUUGCUGUUAUCAACUUGCUGUGUUCUGCUGGGGCACCGGACCCAAAGGUGCAGGCCAUCUACUACUUUGUUGUUGCCAUAGUGAUACUCCUCGUUGCCCUUGAUGCCUACUUUCUCCUCCCAAACAUGAAGUUCUUUAAGUACUAUGAAAGCAAGGUGCACAUGGCGUUGUCUAACACUGAGUCACCAAACUCUGCAUCCUUUGGUCAGACGAUGGGACAGUUUAAAGAUGUCUUCAUCAAGAUCAAGGUCCAGGCCAUUUGUGUCUGGUUUGUGUUUUUUGUGACGUUAGCAAUCUUCCCAGGUGUGUGGAGUAAUAUCCGGAGGAUAGACUUCCCUCUCAGUGAUGGCAUGUUUGUGGGAAUUUUCUGCUUUCUGAGUUUCAACUUGUUUGCUGUUCUUGGAAAUCUGACAUCUGAGUUUAUUAAAGUGCCAGGUCCAAAGUAUAUAUGGGUGCCAAUCCUGCUCCGCGGCCUGCUCAUCCCAUAUUUCCUGUUCUGUAACUUCCAACCAGGUACAGGGCGUACAUUAGCUGUCCUGAUAGAGAGUGACUAUGCGGCUAUAUUUGGUGGAAUCAUUCUGGCCUUCACCAGCGGUUACUACAGCAGCCUUGUCAUGAUGUAUGGCCCCAAGUUAGUGGAGCCUGAGGUGGCUGGCAAGGCAGGGAUGAUCAUGGCUUUCUGUUUGGUGACAGGAAUUACAACAGGUGUUGCUUUCUCCUUCCUACUGUCAGUGAUGGUUAGCUGGUAACUCGGUACUGACAGAAUCAGUGUCAUCAUCUGGAAUGUAACCUGCAUAUCCACAUUCAGCAUCACAACUGUCCACUAUCCAGGGUAUAAAGUGGGGAAGCUGAUCAGCUGUGAUAAUGCAAGAAACCCACUUUGUCGGGUCUCAAUACAGCAGAUUGUGCAUAGCUAUAAUCUAAAGUCUUUUUCAUGGCUGUUAGGUUUAAUACAAGUGGCAAUCUUUAUUUUUUUCAUUACAGUAUGUAAUGGAAUAGAGUUGUAGGUAAAAAUCUGUUCUGGAUGAUUGAAAAUAUUUAUCUUCACACUGUCAUUUAGAAAAGACCAAGGAAAUAGUAGAGUAGAUACCUAUGAUCAAACUUGGUUUGAAUGUGACAUGUCAACACUAAAUCUGUAUCUCGAGUGGAGGUUCACUCCGAGUCAGGUUCACUCCGAGUCAGGUUCACUCCGAGCCAGGUUCACUCCGAGUCAGGUUCACUCCGUGUCAGGUUCACUCCGAGUCAGGUUCACUCCGAGUCAGGUUCACUCCGUGUUAGGUUCACUCUGAGUCAGGUUCACUCCGAGUCAGGUUCACUCCGUGUCAGGUUCACUCCGUGUCAGGUUCACUCUGAGUCAGGUUCACUCCGAGCCAGGUUCACUCCGUGUCAGGUUCACUCUGAGUCAGGUUCACUCCGAGCCUGGUUUGUAAAUAUUUGCAGGAAGAGAUAGUUACUCUCAUUUAUAUUUAGCAUGGAGUUAACUUAAUUACAUUGUCUUAAACAAUUUCUGCUGAUGCUUAUAUGAAGGUUACUGCUUUAAUUUAUUUGUAUAAGGUAUUUUGACCAUAUUUGAUAGGCAUGAACUGCUAGUGCUAUAUUUUAUCCACGAUAUAAUUUCAGUUUCAUGCUGUGAACACAACUUACUUAUGAGUAGUAUAAUGUAAGAUACUAAAUGUUAUAGAACAAAGUUUUGUCUCCCUAAUGCCUUAGUAAUCUUUGUGAGGAAAAAUUCUCACUGAGCAAUCUUAAAUGUGGAGUCUGUUGAUGUUAACAUAUCUAAUACUGUUUUUUAUUUCGAUAAUUUUACUGUUAAAAAAGGAGAAAAGAAAUCCUUUCAAAUGAAAUAAGAUGUUGUUGUUGUUGAAUAUUUUUGUUUACUUGUGAGGUUUUGACCUUCUCCCUAGCUUGACAAGCCAUAUUGAAAAAAAUGCCAACAUGUACUAUGAACAUUGUAUUGUAAUAUAACUUUUGUAGUCUAGAGUUUCUUUAUAUUAUACUUGAUCAAUGCAAUCUUAACAUCUAUAGUACAACUAUUGACAAAGUUGAUUUGUUAUAUUGUUUACCUGCCUGUUAGUUUGCCUUGUUCCUUUAAUAAGGCCUUGGAUAUUGCCCCCGUGAUAUUCAGUAUUGUUGGUGUGUAUGAUACAAAGUGUCACCAAGUCAUUUCCUUAAGAAGGACCAAGGUGAGCUUAUGCCAUACCGUGGCGUCCGUCGUCCGUCUGUCGUCCGUCCAUCAACAAUUGACUUAUUUGACUUCUUCUUCAUAACCGCU